CUUCAGGUCACUGAGAAGCAAUAUUUAGAAAUUUGGCUCAUGCUGAGUUUCGGUCUUUUCGUUUCCCACUGUUCAGAAAAUUCUGAGGUCAGAGAUCUGAAUGCAGUCGAACUUCAAGAUGUUUUAAACACUAAUAUUUCUUCAACGUUUUAUCACACUAUCGAAACAAGCUAUUGGAAAGCUGCACGACUUUCCAGGGGAUGGAUUUCAAUAUUUAGUUCAUUUUUUGCAUUUAAUGAUCCAUUUGCAAAAAAUGCACAUCAAUUUCUAAUUCAAUCUAAUACAGGAUGCAACAUCCUUUUCUGCUCCGGCCAAAUACGCUCAUCAAGCGAUAUAACUCUUGCAAAACACUUUGACUCUGAGAAUAUCAGUAUUGGUCAGGUUCUACUAGAUGCAUUUUCUAAGGAAAAGAACGUAAAUGCUGUUGUUAAUUUAAUCAAUUCUUUGAUUGGUUCUUUUGUACUUAUAUUUGUUAGCGUCGAAUCACACAGGGUUUAUUUCACUCGAGAUCCAUUCGGUCGUCAUUCUCUUGUUGCCAGAAAGUUUUCAGGACUACCUAGUGAAUUAUUUUGUAUCGAUUCAGUUUCAAGUAUUGUUAUUCCAAGCCAGUCUUCUUUUCCGGAAAUUAGUUUGGAUUCCCUUGAAAAAGAUGCAAAGGAUUGGUUUGAAAUACCUGCUUGUGGAAUAUUUGUAUCGAAAAUCGUCUGUGACAAUGGGGAUGUUUUUCUCUCAGAUAUUAAUCUAUAUCCUUGGUCUGAACAACAUUUACUUCUGUGCCCUUCAAAUAUCCCAUUUAAAGUUAAUAGAGUUUUGAAUGUAAAUCAAACUCAUUGUAAUAGCCUUUCUACAAAUAUGUGUAUACCCACAACUUUAAAAGAAGUACAACAAAAGUUUUUGGAUUUAUUAUCUGCUGUUAUACACGAUUCAGUUAACUUUGACUUGCUAUAUGAUACAAAUUACUCUUUCAAUGUAUCUGAUGUAUUGGACGAUAAUCGGUCAGGUUCUUUAUUCGGUUUACUGUUUAGUGGCGGUCUAGACUCAUCAGUUAUCGCAGCAUUACUUGACAGAUUUGUUCCUGAUGACCAGUCCAUCGAUCUGAUUAAUGUCGCUUUCCAAAGGAGAUGUACUGGUGUUUCUGUUAACAAUAGUGAUUGCUUGGACAAAGACUGUCUAAUUUCCGCCGAGGAGGCCCCUGACAGACAAACUGCCCUGAAAAGUUAUGAAGAGUUGUGCCAAUUAUCUGCACGACGUAAAUGGAAUUUGAUAAAAAUUAAUGUAAAUGUCAGUGAGAUUUCAGAGGCCAGAGUUAAACAUGUAUGGCCAUUACUGCUCCCAGAACAUACAACUGUUUUAGAUGAUAGUCUAGGUUUAGCUCUUUGGUUUGCAGCCCGUGGAAAAGGUGUUUUACACAGUUCAAGUGAAUUCGAAGAGAAAUGCACUUCGUCAGCAAAGUUUCUGUUCCUCGGUUCUGGUAUAGAUGAACAAUUAGCUGGUUAUGCUCGUCAUCUAACAACAUAUAAGAAAUUCGGCCCAGAGGCACUACAAAACGAACUUUUAAAGGAAAUACUUUUUAUAUCUAAUCGUAACCUAGGAAGAGAUGACCGAAUAAUUUCCGCUCAUGGACGAAUGCCGCGUUUACCUUAUCUUGACGAAAGAAUUGUGAAUUUUUUGGCUAAAAUUCCUUUGGAAUUUAAAAUAAAUCCAGAUUUGCCUAAAGGUCAAGGAGAGAAAUUUUUGUUACGUCAAGUUGCUUCAAUGUUGAAUUUGAAUUAUGCAUCUAAACAACCGAAACGUGCAAUGCAAUUCGGCAGUCGUGUAGCUAAAGCUGAAGGAUCUAAACGUUUGAUUGGAUCAGCUGACCAAAUAAAGUUCGCAUAUCAGUCUGAAUCACAAAAUUUUUAGGCUAAAUCGUCAUGCUUAGUUUGGUAGAUUGUGAGGUUUUUCAGUAUUAAUGGAGUUCUCUUCUUCAGUCCAUCUUCACAAGAAUAUUGAUAUUGAAAUCUUUACUUUAAAAAACUCAUAUUCUGAGGACGGAUCAUCUACAAUCCAAACUGCUGUUUCUUUACUAUCAUGUGAAUAGAAGAUGAAUAUAAUCAGGCCAGAAAUAAUAAAUAAAUAAAUAACUCUUCCUGAACUCUUAGAAAUCAUAUUUAGAAGAUUGGACCAUUUUCCUUUCUAUACCUGUUCAUUAUAUUGUCCCUAUUG